AUGAUGACACACAAUAUUUUGUGUUAUCGCACUAUAAUUAUAUAACUAUUAUAGAGCAGUUAUUAUAAUUGCUCAUUGCGCAGAGAGACACCGCUCGGUACAGUUAUGGUGAAGGUUGCUGUGGUCACCGGUUCUAACAAAGGGAUCGGCUUCGCUAUAGUCAAGGGACUGCUGAAGAGAUUCGAUGGCGUCGUCUACUUAACUUCAAGAGAUGUAUCCCGAGGGCAGGAGGCAGUCGCCAAGCUGGACAAACUCGGCCUUCACGCCCAGUACCACCAGCUCGAUGUUACCGACAGGGACAGCGUGGCCAAGUUCAGAGACCACAUUCAAGAGAAGUACGGUGGUAUCGAUAUCCUCAUCAAUAAUGCAGCCGUCGCCAACAUCGAAGACCGCACCUACGAAGCGUCCAAAACUGUUGUGGACAUCAACUACUUCAGCAUACUGACAAUCCAAGAGCUGCUGUUCCCCUUGGUCAGGAACAACGGACGCAUCCUCAACAUAUCCAGUGACUGUGGACAUCUGUCGAAUAUACGCAAUGAAUACUGGAUACAAAGACUAUCCAAGAAAGAACUCACUGUAGAAGAUGUCAACGAAUUCGCCAAUUGGUUUUUGGAAGGAGUCAAGAAAGGAACUUUUGAUUAUGGAGACAUAGCUGAUGGUGGAUCUAUUGCUUCGUACAGGGUGGCUAAAGUGGCGCUCAGUGCAAUAACCAGGGUGCAGCAGAAGGAGCUCGAAGCGAAGAACAUCUCCGUGAACUCCAUGCACCCAGGACUGGUGCAGACCGACAUGACCCGAGGAGUCGGUUUCUACGACAUCGACCAGGCAGCUGAUACUCCCAUAUAUCUUGUACUGGACGCUCCUGAUACCCUUAAAGGAGCUUACAUAUGGUAUGACAAGCGAGUGCUCGACUGGUACGACUACAAAGCUGACUAUUACUUCAAGAUCAAAACUUUAGAGAAGUGAACGCACAAUGCGACAAUAACAACAAAUCAUGUGAAAUGACCCGGUGUUUUAUAUACAGCUAUAUUAAGAUAAAGUUUAAUUUUAUUGGAAAUAAUUUCGGAAAGCAUUGUGUGUAAAAAUAUACUUAUGUUAUUUAUGUCCCGACUUAUAUUUCUCUUUGUUUGUGAAAUUAAUUACUGCUCGUAAAUUAUAUCCGGUUUUGGACCUCUACCAAUAUAACGCGCAGCUCCGGGGAGCGCGAGCAUUACCAUGACUACAUGGCCGCGGUACCACUGCAAUAUUCUUGUCAAAUGGAAUUCUAUAGAUGAGGGAAACACCAGUCAACUGUAUCUAUAGUUAUGUAAUAAUAUACAAUAUAAUAAUUAUUAAAUUAAUGGAAACACAGGUGUCAGUUUGAUCCUAAAUGAAUUACAGUUACCAAAAGUGUAUUACGUAUUUACUUUUGUAACCAGAACCGCGUUGCUUAUAAAAUAAUUUGUUAAACAGGCCUUUGAUGUUUGUCUUGCGAAGUUUUGAUUAAACUGAAACAAAAUGUUACGAAUGUACGUAGAACAUGUCGACGCGAA